AUGUUUGGAAGCCGUACAGAUAAAUUACAAGACUCACUAAUACAACUCAGAAUAGCAUCGAAGAAAGUGACGCGCCUAUCUGAAAAGGCAGCAAGAGAAUCUGAGGUGCAGAAGCAGAAACUCAAAAAGGCUUUAGCAUCUGAUAAUAUUGAGUGUGGCCGAAUAUACGCUGAAAACGCCAUAAGGAAAAAGAAAGAGUCCAUCAACUACCUCCGAAUGGCUUCUCGCUUUGACGCUGUUCAGUCACGAGUACAGAGUGCUCUCACAAUGAAACAGGUGGUGUCAAAUAUUGGUGUCGUUUCACAUGAACUUGAAAAAGCAAUGGCUACCAUGGAUUUAGAGAAACUCGAAAAGGUUAUGAGUAAAUUUGAGUCUCAGUUUGAGGAUCUUGAUAUUCGUUCUUCAACUAUGGAACAUUCUAUGAGGAAUGCCUUCACUCUUUCAGCUCCUGAACAAGAGAUUAAUGCUUUAAUAAAGCAGGUGGCAGAAGAAAACAGUCUUGAGGUUUCACACGCUAUUGCAGAUGCUCCUGUUGUUAUCGGUACAUUGUCUGUUAAUUCAGAGUCAUCCAGGGAUGCUGAAGAUGAUGCGCUUACAAGAAGGAAGUAUGGUGUUACCUUGGGUAUAUGAGGCGUUCUCUUCUUAAUCGUUGGAGUACAGCAGUAUUUCUACCGAAGCUAACCUUUCUUUAUCCAACCUGUGACCUAUGUAUUUCACUUAUUCUAAGCAUCACCAGAUUGCAUUUUUUAAUUUCCUCAACAAUUUGAAUGGAUCUCCUGGUCUCUCACAUUGUGCGAACAUCCCAUGUACCUAUGUCAAUGGUUACUCUGGCUGUCAGAAGGGGCAUCGACCUCGUAGCUUCUGAAGAGACUUGACUCUCAUCAUGAGGUCAGUCAGCAACAACGUAGAACUUCGUACGUACAUACUUCAGUUCCAGUUGCCAUACUUACAUUAGCACAGAUGCAAUUGACGAAUCAAAUCCCAUAGUGGUAGAAGUAGUAAUCGGAAUGAGAAUGGAGAUAAUGAACAACCCUGACGAACACCACUUGAAGCAGUCGAUUUCAUCGUCAAUUCGUCAUAGGCUCACACUCGACCAGUAAUUUCCGAGUAGAGGGCCUGCACAAGAGGUAACAAUACAUGGUCAUUGCUCUUGUUCAUCAAUUUUCUCUCUUCAUCUCUAAUCGUAAUCAUAGAUAUGUAUAUUUGUGUAUUAUUGUCAUAUUUCAAUCCUAUUUAAUGUGAAUAUUUUUUCCCAUAUCUUAAUAAAAACGAUGAUCAAGAAUUUUCUUAUUUCAUAAUUUAACAGUUCACAUGAAUCUAAUCAUGUUUAUACAUAUCAUUACUAACUGGGUUGUCUUUUCUUAAAUUUUGUGAAUCGACAUCAGCACGUGGUUAGUUUUUGGUUUUCUACCUCUUACAUGCAGUGCUAAUACACAAAAAUAUUUUUAUGUUUAUCGUGUUUUGUUUGCAUUUAAAUUUGGAACGUUCUUUACUCACACAUCAUUAUUAAAUGCUUCAUUUACCAUUGCAGAUCCUUUUGGCUGUUAUUUUCUAACUGAUAUCAUCACUUGUCUACCAGCAACUGAAACCACCAUGGAGAUAAAAGAGAUGUUAGGUGUAUGAAGGAUUUGAUUGUGACCAAUUUGGUCUCGCGUGCUGUUACGGGUAUGAGGGCG